AUGGAGUGUAUGGAAGGAACGACGUGCCCAAUCCUGCCAGGGAAAAACUACACUUAUGCUCUUCAGGUUAAGGAUCAGAUUGGAACUUUCUAUUACUUCCCGUCGCUCGGAUUUCACAAAGCCGCAGGUGGAUUCGGAGGUAUCCGUAUCUCCAGCCGUCCAUUGAUCCCCGUCCCUUUCCCUCCUCCCACCGAUGAUUACACAGUCCUUAUCGAAGACUGGUACAAAACCAAUCACAACGUAACCGAUACUCCUAUUAAGCUUCCAAUCGGUGACAACGUGUACUCUUCGCUUGUUGGUCAAUCUUACUCGGUCCUCAUAAUGACUAACCAACCUGCAAAAGAUUAUUACAUUGUGGUCUCUAGUAGGUUUACUCUGAAGGUCCUCACCACCACCGGUGUUCUCCAUUAUAGUAAUUCUGUUGGACCUGUUUCUGGACCUAUUCCUUCUGCACCAGCUCCGUUGAUCAGUUGGUCUUUAAGACAGGCUCGAGCUAUCAGGACUAACCUUACAGCGAGCGGACCAAGACCAAACCCACAAGGUUCAUACCACUAUGGUAUGGUAAAAGUGACAAGAGAAGGGAAGAGAAAACAGUUUGAGAAACAGAUCAAAAUCAAACCAUAUGCUGUGAACAACGCAUCAUUUUACCCAGUGGACACUCCUUUGAAACUCGCGGACUACUUCAAGAUCGAUGGUGUAUACAAGCCUGGAAGCAUAUCCGACCAGCCCACAAAUAGACCAAUAUUUCCUGUCACAUCUGUCUUGCAAGUUGAUUACAGAGCCUUUGUUGAGAUUGUUUUCGAGAACUGGGAAGAUAUUCUCGAGAGCUGGCACUUUAAUGGUUACUCUUCCUUUGUUGUUGGAAUGGAGAUUGGGAAGUGGAGUCCUGCCAGUAGGAAAGUCUACAAUCUAAACGUUGCGGUCCCACGCUGCACUGUUCAUGUGUAUCCAAGAUCAUGGACUGCAAUAUACGUAGCACUAGAGAACGUAGGAAUGUGGAACAUGAGGUCAAAGUUGUGGGAAAGACAAUACUUGGGACAACAAUUGUACAUGCGUGUCUACACAACCUCGACUUCUCUCAGAGAUGAAUACCAAAUCUCGAAAAACGCUCUUCUUUGUGGUAAAGCUAGUGGACGCCACAAAGGACUGCUAUGA